CAGGUAUAUUCGUGAAAGAAAACAAGUCAGGGUUGUCACGACAGUUGACACCGUCGUAAAGUGUCUUUGACCAGGGUGAAGAUUUACGAGGUCUUGACGUUAGAGGCUAGGUGUGUCACGGGUCAUCGGAUGAGAUAAUGAUCUGGUUGGAUCAACAGCGGGGAAAUUCAUCGAGAUCUCCCUAGACAAGCCAAACCGUUUUGACAUAUCGAAAGCUCUAAUGUUAGAAAAAUAUGUGAAUAUAUUUUACUCAGAAGAUCAAAGAAGCCAAGGAUGCUAGCGGAACGUCAUCAAUCAGGUGUCAAAUGUUAUGUACGUGUCCGUCCAGUGAAAGCAUAUCUUUGUGUAACCGUGCGAACUAUUUUUUUCUUCACAAAAUGUACGACUGACUAACUAACUUGAAUCUAUUUUAACUACAGGGAAUAAGUGUAUCUUGGAAGAUAAUAGAUAGCCAUCAGUGUUAAUGUCACUUUGAUAACUUAAGGAAUGUUGUUAUUUUGUAAUAAUAGGAUUAUAAUUUAAUCUAGUGGAUAUACUAUUAUUUAGUUCAUGACAGUUUGUUUAAACGCAAUAUUAUGACGGAAAUCAACAUUGUGAACUAAUAUGUGGAAUGAUUGUAAUGGAACUGGAAAUGGCCGUAUAAUUCAUGUAGAUGUGUUUGUUUAUUAAUGGUCAGUGAUAUCUAUCUAAUAGAAAGUAUAUACAUGCAAUUAGAAUAUUGUAUUAAGCUUGUUCCAAGAAUAUUUGAAGAUGCAUAAUACCGUAAUCAUACGAACUUAAUAUGAUGAUUAUAGUUAGCUGGUUUGGAAGCAACUAGACAAUGGAUCCUGAAGCAAUGUUUGAUAAACUGACCAUGCUGUCAUUGCAACAAAGAUAUAGAGAUAACGAAACCACACAUUCGCAUGCCACAUCUUCGACUAGUUCAUCAGAUGAUUUGGAUAGUAUCGUCAGAGAAUUUAAGAUUGAUGAUACUAUAUCAGAAUGUUUUGCAAGUGACAUGGAGAUAGAAGUUCACGGAAAGAUAAAAAAGAAGAAAACUUCAUCAUCAAGAAAUAAGAGUAAAACAGGUCGGGAUUCAAACAAAGACAGAAAUAGCCCAAGAAAAGCUAUCAGUGAUUUGUUUAAAAGAAGAACUAAGGAACAAAGAGAGAUGAAAAUAGACAAUUAUACCGAAGACGCCUCUGAAGGUGCCAGCGAUCACUUAGCGGUGCCAAAGACCCCAGGGACCAACACAGAGGAGAAUAUAUAUUGUGAUAUGCAAUCGUUUUUACCACCGUCAUUAAGAGUAUGUAAUGAAGUCGACAAUGUGGAAUAUCUAAAGGCUGGAAAUGAAAUAUUAGAGGAACUUUUGAAAGAAGAAUAUCAAAGUGAUUAUGUGCUGCCAACUCAGUAUGAACCUUUUGAUAUAAUAAUGAAUUUAAUUAGAAAAGGCCAGUUUCGGCAAAUGACGCAGGAAUUGGAGAAGUUAUCGAGUUCCACAUUGGUUGAUUACACCACGCAAAACAAUCUACUGCAUCAGUGUGUCCUAGAAAAUAUUACAAAUGGCGUCUCUGUCCUUGCAGCAUUAAACCAAUAUUUGUUGCUGGAAAAGAACUCUGAUGAGUUAACCCCCGCACUGCUCGCCAUUAAGGUAGACCAUGUAUCCUGUCUCAAGCCAAUGGUGGAGUAUCUGAUAGAAGAUAGAGAUCAUUAUACAUCAUUGAUUUUCUUAGCUGUUGAACGAGAACAGCUACAAUGUCUAGAAGUUUUACUCAAAGCAGAUUCCAAUCUCCGAACAGAUUCUUACCGUGGCAUUACUAAUAUAACACCGGUCCACUCGGCAGCUAAAUAUGGAUACGUGGGAUGCUUACAGUUACUUCUAGAGUAUGGUUUAGAUGUGUGUUAUGUAAAUGAAGAUGGUAAAACAGCACUAGAGUUAGCGAGAGAUAAUAAUCAUUUAGAAUGUUAUAAUUAUUUAAUAAUGGUUGAAAUAUGUCACCAGUUUCUAGAUAGAUAUUUUACAUGUUUACAGGAUUCUUCACGAACCGUAGACGACAUUGAUGUUUUGGAGAGUUCUAUGUUUGAGCUGACUAUGUGUUUGAAUGAAACUGAUACUACUUGUGAAACUAAGAGGAGAUUAAAUGAUCUAGACAUUAUGCGUCAAGAACUGAAUUCAAUACUAGAAGAAAAUCAACAGGAAGAAAGCCUGGGCACGAAAUGCAGGUCUAAGGGUUGUAUGAAGAGGUUGAUUAAUGUUGUAGAACAAUUAAGACACCAAGCCAUUAUUGUACAAAAAACUUGGUCAAGAGACGAUAAACUUCGUACCAUUAUAGACAACGUUAUGACAAGAGAAUUAAGAAGAUCGUCUAAUUUUGUAGAAAAUAGAAGCCAUAUUCUAAGAGACCUUAUUAAGUGUAUUAAAUCCAAGAUGAAGGAUGAAAACAUCGAUGACGUAUUCAACAACUUCUUAAAAAAUCAUUUUAAAGACAAUACUAAGACUUCAAAAUCCCAUAAAACAGAUACAGUUCACCAAGGAACACAAAUCGCGCAUCGUGACGUCACAGGGAACACCCACAAUCCUUUAUACGAAAAUUCGUCCAUUUCUAGUUCGUGUCCGCUUAUUUACGACAUAUUUCCAGACUCCGUCAGUAAUACCAGUGAUGAUACUGCAUCUACGUUAACACAAAUUUAUAGCCAAUCCACCGUUAGUAGGACCUCGUUUAAUACGGACUCAAUGAGUGAAAGUCUAGGAACUAGCUGCUCUCUAAUGAAUUACGAAGAAUUUAGUUAUAAUUCGGAUUCGGAACUAGGUCGAACUAACAUCAAAAAGCUUAAUGUAAUAAAUGAGGAUUUACCUCAUGAACAUUUGCGCGAAGAAAGAUUAGCUAAGCACCUGGAGGCCAUACAGAAAUUAAGUAGUGAUCAAGGUGAAUUUAUCGAGACAGUUGUCACAGCAAAUGGCCAAAGGCUAGAGAGCAUUACAGGACGAAAUAGAAGUACGGGGCAUAUCAAUUUGUCAAUAAAUCACCCGUUUGCUUGUUCGGAUUUAUCAAAAACAGCUAAUUCAAGAUCUGGUAGCAAAUCACGAAUAAAGUGGCCAUUGAAAUUAUUUCGCGUCAAUAGUGCUCCCACGAAAAAAAUCUCCAAAUCAUCUUUCCGAGAAGGCUAUGAACGGAAACCUCAAAUGAAAAGGAGUAAAACGAUUGAAAUAAAAGAAUGACUAUAA